AUGGCAGAAUCUCUUCAUGCUUCGCAGCAACCUGAAAAUUUUUCCGCUUCGCAACAGCCUCAACCUCUCCAACAACAACCUCAAUAUCCACAACAGCCACAAUCUUUACAAGAACCUCAAGUUGUAAUGCUUCCAGCACCCGCAGCUGCUUUUCCACAAGCGAUCCAUUGGGAUGAUUGCACCCGAUCUAUUUACUAUGUGGAUUUGUUCGCAAAUCGCAGUCAAACAUCAAUUUAUCGCUAUGACUAUGGAGAAAACCAAACAUAUGGCGCUUCUAUAGUCGGACAAGCAUCUCCCACAUUCAUUCUUCCGAUGAGUUCAGAGUGUAAUAAAAGCCAGAACCAUUUUGCCGUCGGUAUCAGUCACAACACCGAAAUAAUUGAAUGGGAUGGAAGAUCUCCGACAGCUAAUAUUGUGGGCACACUAUUUGGUGUCGAAUUAAACGAUCCGGGAAGCAGCUGGGAUGUUGGACGUCCAAGUGAAAAUGGGAUCUUCUACGGAGGAACAUUCCACGAUUCAUUCUGCAGUGGACCUGCCAAUUCAUCAUUUUAUAGGUAUGUGAAUCUAAGACAAGCAGAACUUCUGUUUACGGGUUUAAUGUCGACGACGGGUGUUGCUUCUGAUGUAAAGAGAAAUAUGCUUUAUCACAUUGACACUUCUUCUGGCAGUUGGCCAAUUAGCUUGGACACAGACACUGAUGGAUUUGUAUACACCGACAAAAACUACAGGAAGACCAUUGUUCAAUUACCUUCUGGACUUAACGGCAUCGCGUUUGGUGGCCCUAGAAAGGAUAUUUUAUUUGCUAUUCGUGGAUCACAUAUAAUCGACCCGUUCGAUGGACGUCCUAUAAAUAUCAAGGAAAUUGAAAGUUCGCUGUACAAAGUCACUGGCUUGGGAUCAAAUGGCCCUAAAUAUCGUCGCCUAAUUGCAUCACUUGAAUAA